UUGCAGUUAGCUAUGUAUCUUUGCUGUGUUCGUUGUGAACGUUUUUUUUUAACAUCUUCCGUGUAUUUAUCUUUUCAUGUUUGAAAUUGGUCCACUUUUCAAAAUCCAUUAAAAAUGAAAGAUAAAUAUUCUUAUCAGAUGUAUAAUACUUUACAUUAGUAGUGGAUGCUUUUUAUUGAGGCUGUAAAGCUAUUUUCUCCACAAAUGGACAACACGGUUGAUAAUUUUUUUAAUGAAAUUGACCAAAUAGCUCCCCCAAAAGAGUGCAGUAAAGGAGGUUGUGAUUGGCAAGAAUGUUUUGAUAGUAGCAGUGGUUUUUCUUAUUAUUGGAAUGUUAAAACGGAUCAAGUCACCUGGGAGGCUCCUACAGAAUUUAAAUUGUGGAAACAGGAGAAUCCAAACCACAAUGCCACAAAUCAAAAACCAGCAGUAGCACCUCUAUUUCCAAGUACACUUUCAAGUACAAAGAUAUACAAAUUGCAAGACGAUGUUACAAAUAUAACAAAUAAUCGGCAAGAAUCGAGUACCACUGCUAAAUCGACUAGAAAUGAUAGAGUAGUAUUAAUUCCAUCCUAUGGAGAUGGUUCAGACUCCGAAACAGAGGAGAGUAACGAAGAAGUUAAAGCUAAUGUGGUUAAACCUCAUCCGUCUCCAAAAAAGUUAAAAGAAAAUUCCAAACAGCCCUCCAAAAACAAUAGCGAGGAUGACGACAUUGAUUUACUUACAAAAUUACAAAAACGUGCUAAAAUUCUCAAAGAUUUAGGGGGUGAACUUCCUCCCGAUGUCAAAAAGAUUGUUGAGCAAAACGGUUCUUUUACGAAGAAAGAAUCUCAGCAUAAAGUUAAAAGUGAAGGGUUUUCAUUAGUGGCCGGGUACGGAGAGUCUGAUGAUGAAGAUGAAGCAACCCGCAAAACCUCAGAUGCAAGUUCACCACCUGCAACCGAAAUCGAUUCGGGUUGCAGCACUCUUUUUUCAACCUUAAAACCGAUUGACGUUAAACAAUUCCUUGAGUCCAAAAAGGAAACUGAAACAGAACCGAUAGAAACGAAAGUAUUUCAUAGAAAACGCAGAAUCGGUAUAGAUUUCAAUUUAGACAAAUCAAAAACAGAUACAUCUCCGGCAGAAGGAGAACGACAAGGGCUAGGUUUUAAAAGUGAAACUGACAAUAAAUCGUCUGCUCAAGAUAAGACGAAAAUAAACUACCCCGGAUUUCAAAGCGGAGGGCUAAUUUUUGUUAAAUCGGAUGUAUUAAAUCCAGUUAAUGAGGUGGAGGAAAGAGAAACUGAGUCGGAUGUAAACAAGGCAGAAACUUUAAAGAAGAUCGAAGAAACGCAUAAAACCUUAAACGAGAAGUUAACUUUCUUAAGUGAAGGUCGUGAUCCAGUGUCUCCUGUUCAAAUAAUUAUAAUUCAAAUGGAGACGUUAUACGAAGCCAUGAAAGCUGGAAGCUUAACAGUUACCUAUCUACAUAAAUGGUUGAAAGAAACCUGCUCGGAAUUGGUGAAGUUGGAAAAAGAUGCAGCUCCCAAUGGUUGGCUCCUACAGUGGGAUAGGGUAAACAAGCGUUAUUACUAUCGCAACCAACAAACAGGUGAGAGUCAGUGGCAAUAUCCUCAACCGGAUAUCGUGGGUGGCGAUGAAGCAAUGGAUAUUUGUACAACACCUCCCCCAACCUUAACAGAUUCUGUAAUUAACGAAUCGGUGUUACCUGCACCCACAGCGCCCGUUCCUGUACGACCACCACCACCUCCGAGAAUUAAAAGCCCCACACCCCCACCACCACCAAUUAUAUCAAAAAAUGUUAAGCAACGAAAAAAAGUAAAGUCUCCUAGAGCCGUCGGAGCAGUUCAGGAGUUACCUCCAUUACCAAGUGGUGAACCUCUUCCUCCGGGCGUUGAUUCACUGCCAGAACCAGCUCAUAAAGAGGAAAGUCAAAAUAGCAAAAAGGAUUCAUUAGGUUCUGAGCUUAAUUCUUUCUACUCCGAUUUGGCUGCUAUGGAAACAGUAGUAGGUAAUACGGUACCAGAAACACAGUUGGUCGCUGAGACUGUUUUAAGUGAUAAUAUGUCUUCAAAUACUGUGCCGAAGAAAAAGAAAAAGUCUAAAGUCAAAUUAGUCGAAGGUUUAGCAAUGAAAAAGAAAGGAGUAUCCAAGCUUGUUGAAAGAUGGAAAAAUGUUCAAAAGGAUUAUAAUUAAAAUAUCUGGGAGAAAUUUGACUUAACAUACUUAAAUUAUUUUUAUUAUGGAAAUACGUGAUAAUGUGCUUGUAUAUUAGGUUUGCAUAAAGCUAUUGUGAUUUUUCUAGAAGUGAUUUUUAUGCAACAACAAUUUUGAUUACUAAUUUAGAUGAUUAUAUAAAAUAUUCCGCUACUAUAUCAACAUUGACCAAUCGUCCCUUGUAAAUUUAUUAUUCACAGAAAUUCAAAAACUAAGAGUAGUAUCCUUUUUCUGUACAAAACCUCCAUUUUUAAUAACUAAUAAAAUAACAUCCUUUA